UUCGUUUCUCUAUCUCUCUUAUUUAUAUUCUACGCUAUCUCUCUCUGCUCUUUACUUCUCUUUCUACCUCUGUAUUUCUCUCUGCUCUUCAAAGAAUCACAUGUGAGUUUCCGAGCUCCGAUUCUUCAAGAUUUCAUUUUCGAUCUCGCUUGCAAUUUCGCAUUGUGAUUUGAUAUCGUAGCGGGUGGUGAUCAAGUCAACUGAGGGAAAAUGGGGCUUACAUUCACAAAGCUGUUUAGCCGCUUGUUUGCAAAGAAGGAAAUGCGAAUUCUGAUGGUAGGUCUCGAUGCUGCUGGUAAGACCACCAUCCUCUACAAGCUCAAGCUUGGUGAGAUCGUGACUACUAUCCCCACUAUUGGAUUCAACGUGGAAACUGUUGAAUACAAAAACAUCAGCUUCACUGUCUGGGAUGUUGGAGGCCAAGACAAGAUCCGUCCAUUGUGGAGGCACUACUUCCAAAAUACACAGGGGCUCAUCUUUGUGGUUGACAGUAAUGAUAGAGACCGUGUUGUUGAGGCUAGGGAUGAGUUGCAUAGGAUGUUGAAUGAGGACGAGCUGCGUGAAGCAGUAUUGCUUGUCUUUGCAAACAAGCAGGAUCUUCCUAAUGCAAUGAAUGCUGCUGAAAUUACUGAUAAGCUUGGCCUGCACUCUCUCCGACAGCGUCACUGGUAUAUCCAGAGCACUUGUGCAACCUCUGGGGAGGGACUCUAUGAAGGUUUGGAUUGGUUAUCCAACAACAUUGCAAACAGGGUUUAAGGAAUCAGUGUUUUGUUACGGACUGUUAAGGUCCUGGAUGCAGGGGUGAAGAUUAUCUAAGUCACAUUUGGUUUAUAGCCAUCUUUACGUAGAGAACUGAGUUUGUGGUUGUAAUUUUGUGGACGGGAGUUAUAAGCUCUUUGCUUAGAGCUUCAGAUAUGGGUAUGUUUCUAAAUAGAGCGUUGUGUGUACGAGAUUCAAUCUUUGGGUUCCGAUUUGUGUAAGGUAACAUAUGUAACUGAAGCUAGUACUAGGCCUUUUGCAUGCGCUUGAUAGUGACAAUUCACUUGUAUUGCUAUCCUUGAAUUUCGUCUCCAAAUUAUUCAUUUGUCAACUAGUUUAGUUGGCCUCCUGAUUUUGGAUUA